ACUCUCCUCAGACGCAGUUCCUGGCAGCGGGCCUGGGAGAGGCAGCAGCGCAGCGGCGGGAACCGCAGCCCGGCGUCCCUGGAACCUCCCAGAGAAGAGUAACAAGGAGAAUGAAUGCUCCUCUUCUAAGUGCUCCUCAGGGUCAGUUAACAUUCAAGGAUGUGGCUGUGGACUUCUCACAGCAGGAAUGGGAAUGUCUUGACUGUGCUCAGAAGGCAUUGUACAUGGAUGUGAUGUUGGAGAAUUACAAGAAUCUAUAUUUUGUGGAGAAUAAUUGCAUGUGCCAUAAAUAUGAGAACAUCUUGGAUCGAGACCUACAGCGUAUUGUCCACGAGCAUGUAAAUAUCCAAGUGAAGUCUUAUAAAUGUCAUGAACUUGGCAAAAUCAUUCAUGAAUUCACCCAAAGUACACCUUAUAAAACUAACCUCAGGGAUAUAUGUGUUGAUCCAUCAAAUCUAAGCGGACAUGCAACUGGAAACAAUAGAGAACCAUGCAAAUAUAAAAACCAUGUAAACUAUUUAAAUUUGUGCUCUACCAUUAGUAUAAAUCAAGGAAUCAACAUAGGAAACAAAGAAUCUAAUAGUACAAUGCUUGAUAAGGUUUGUGACUCUAAAGAAACGCUCAUGUUGAAACAGACCAAAAAUGGAAAGAAACCUUAUAAAUGUAGUGAAUGUGCCAAAUGUUUUGCCAAGAAAUGCUGGUUUAGAAAACAUCAGACAAUGCAUACAGGAGAGAAAUCUUACAAAUGUAGUGAAUGUGACAAAUCCUUUACCCAAAAAGGCAGUCUUAGAAUUCAUCAGAGGUAUCAUGAAGGAAAGAAACCUUACAAAUGUAAUGAAUGUGAGAAAUGCUUCAUUCAAGUUGGCGAUCUUAAACGACAUCAGAGAAUUCAUACAGGUGAGAAACCUUACAAAUGUAAUGAAUGUGCCAAAUGCUUUAGCUACAAAAGCAGCCUUAGAAGUCAUCAGAGAAUUCAUACCGGAGAGAAGCCUUACAAAUGCAGUGAAUGUGACAAAUGUUUUUCCCACAAAGGCAGUCUCAAUAUUCAUCAGAGAAUUCAUACAGGAGAGAAACCUUACAAAUGUAGUGAAUGUGACAAAUGCUUUACCCAAAAAGGCAGUCUUAGUAUUCAUCAGAGAAUUCAUGCAGGGGAGAAACCUUACAAAUGUAAUAAAUGUGACAAAGGCUUUACCCUAAAAUGCAGUCUUCUCAUUCAUCAGAUAAUUCAUACAGGAGAGAAAGCUUACAAAUGUAGUGAAUGUGACAAAUGCUUUACCCUCAAAAGUGAUCUUAGUAUUCAUCAGAGAAUUCAUACUGGAGAAAAACUUUACAGAUGUAGUGAAUGUUACAAAUGCUUUACAAAGAAAUAUCGUCUUAAAAGUCAUCAGACAAUUCAUACAGGAGAGAAGCCUUACAAAUGUACUGAAUGUGACAAAUCUUUUACCCUAAAAGGCCAUCUUAGAAUUCAUCAGCGAAUUCAUACAGGAGAGAAGCCUUACAAAUGUAGUGAAUGUGACAAAUGCUUUACUCAAAAAUGCAGUCUUAUUGUUCAUCAGCGAAUUCAUGCAGGAGAAAAACCCUACAAAUGUAGUGAAUGUGACAAAUACUAUACUCGCAAAAGCCAUCUUAGUGUUCAUCAGCGCAUUCACAUAGGAGAGAAACCUUACAAAUGCAGUGACUGUGACAAAUGCUUUACCAACAAAUAUUGUCUUAGAACUCAUCAGAGAAUACAUUCAGUUAAUAAACCUUACAAAUGUAGUGAAUGUGACAAAUCUUUUGCCCUGAAAACCAGGCUCAAGUGUCAUCAGAUAAUUCAUACAGGAGAGAAACCAUACAAAUGUAGUAAAUGUGGCAAAUACUUUACCCAAAAAGGAAGUCUUUUUAUUCAUCAGAGAAUUCAUACAGGAGAGAAACCUUACAAAUGUAUUGAAUGUGACAAAUGCUUUACCCGUAGAAGCAGUCUUAAUGUUCACCAGAGAGUUCAUACAGGAGAGAAACCUUUCGAAUGUAGUGAAUGUGACAAAUGCUUUUCCCACAAAGGGGAUCUUAGAAAACAUCAGAGACUUCAUAGAGGAAAAGAACCUUACAAAUGUGAAUGUGACAAAUUCUUGAGCCAGAAACAAUCUUAGGACUCAUCAGAGAAUGCAUAUGGUAGAGAAACUUCACAAAUGAAUGAGAAAAAUCCAUUCCUAUGGAAGAUCAUCUUAGAAUUCAUCAGAGACUACAUAUAGGAGAGGGACCUUAUAAAUGUAGUAAAUGUACAAAUCUUUUACUGUUGGUUCAUCACUUAGAAUACAUCAAAGAAUGCAUACAGGAUAAAAACCCAUGAAUGUGAUGGUUGAGGAAAAGUCUUUACACAAAUCUUGAGGUCUAAGAAAAUACCUGGAAAUUUAUAGUCAGAGAAAAAAAAAGUGUUCAGUGGAAAAAAAUAUGGCAUGUGCUUUAUCCAGGUGAUAUAGUUUCCAACACUUUAGGCUCCACACUAGAGAAUUAUUAUAUAUGGAAUGAAGUUGUGAAAGAAAUAAUACUCAAAUCGUAGAAACUACCCAGCAUUUAUGCUGAAACUGAAAAUAUGACAAUGAAGAAAAUUUUUCUUUAAAAGUUUUACUUGUUCACUUUCAAAUAUGUCAUAAUGAAGACAUGAUGGAGAAGCUAGAAGAAUAUGGAAUUGUAUAAAGUUUCCUGGAGACUGAAAUGAUCUAUUUCAAAGAGAAGCUGGGAACUACAUGCCUCAAAAUAGCUAAUGAAACAGACAGCAUUCUGUAUGUUUAACUCAAAUGAACAUACUCAAAUUAUACUUCUUAAGAGGAAUUGACAACCUGAGCCACAACGAUAGGAUGCUCUUUGUCCUGUAGAUAUGCCUACAGAUAUGAGGUUUGCUCCCAAUGUCCAGUAUUCAUUAUCUGUAUCAUGUGACGGUUUUAAGUUUCAGGAUAGAAAUUGUCUUUGAGUCCCUUGGGCUCUCAUUUACCAACCCCUUCUCCUAAGUCCUGUAUGUAGCUCCAAUAAAUCUCAUUGGUUCAAGAAGUUGAA